GACAAACAAAUAGAGAAGGUUAUGGAAAUCCAAGUAUGCCAGGGACCCUAUUGCCCGAGCCUCCCAACUCUGGAAGAACAGGGCAGUGCCCCAAAGGCUGAAGAACAGGGGCAGUUGCCAACAGGAAGGGCAGAAACAACAGAAGAGACACCCGUGGUGGGUGGAACAGAUUACUUAAGGCCAAGUUUACUCAGCUUGAACUAGAUGCUAGUUUGCAGUGCCCUGGAAGGUUUUUGUGUCCCAGGAUAAGAGCCCUUAGGACACUCAAAAUCUGAAUUAUCAGAGGCUUUGAUUCUGGAGGGUCAGGAACAAACAGGCUUCAAAGCCAAGGACUUGGCUUAGGUUCUGAAAUCCAGGACCCCGCCACACAACCUCCAUUGUCCAUUAUAAUAUAUAAGGUCCCUCGACCAGGAGGCUGGAGGUGUGAGGAAAGGGAAGAGCCUCAAGCAACAUGGAUGUGGGCACCAAAGAGGCCCUGAUGGAGAGUGCACUGCCACCCCCGGACUACUCUGCCACCCCUCAAGGCCGGUUUAAAAUCCCCUGCUGCCCUCUGCCCCUCAAGCGACUGCUGAUCGUUGUGGUGGUCGUGGUUUUGGUGGUGGUCGUUAUAGUAGGGGCCCUGCUCAUGGGGCUGCAUAUGAGUCAGAAACACACGGAGAUGGUCCUGGAGAUGAGCAUCGGGGGGUCAGACAUCCAGCAGCGCCUGGCCCUCAACAGGCAUGAGGGAGCCAUCUCGACCUUCUCCAUGGGUUCCUCUGGCACUGUGAUGUACGAUUACUAUCGGCUCUUAAUUGCGUAUAAGCCUGCCCUGGGUGCCACCUGUUACAUUACUCAAAUGUCUCCAGAAGAUAUCCCCAGCCUUGAUGUUAUCACCCGAAAAUUUCAGAAGCAUUUGGCUAAACCUUCUUUGCCCGUUGCUAAACUGGACCAGGAGGAGGACUCCCAUGCCAGCUCAGAGUCCCAGGUGGACCCUGCCUUCCUGGGUACUACUAUGAAUGUUCUUUGUGGUGAAGUGCCUGCAUACUACAUUUAAGGACCAUCUGGUUCUAAGCUGCCAAGGGGACAGAAGAGCUCCUGGCUGGUUCCUGGUUUUGAAGAAGGUUAUAACCUGCAAGGAGAGAAAAGGAGAGGGAAGGACGGUGCGGAGUGAGGGGAAGAAGUAUGUUUGGUGGGUGGAGUUGCUUCUGCUACAAAAAGAAUAAAAUUACUUUAUGAGCUCU